UUAUUUAUGCAUUAAUGGCUGUUAUAUUAAAUAAAGUUUAUUAAUUAAAACAAAGCAAGUAUACUUUACCUGUGCACACCGUUGUAAAUGGUAAAUCUGCACUUAUAUAGCGCUUUUAUCCAAAGAGCUUUACACUGUGUCUCAUUCACCAUUCACCCAUUCACACAAACACUUGCACACCAAUGGUAGCAGAGCUGCCAUGCAAGGAGCUAGCCUGCCAUUGGGAGCAACUUGGGGUUCAGUGUCUUGCCCAAGGACACUUCGGUAAGUGGAGUAAUGUAGGCCGGGAAUCGAACCACCAACCCUACGAUUAGUGGACAACCCGCUCUACCAAUGCUCAGCCGCCGUAGUUAACUCGUCUCCCCUCAGACACAGUGCUGCAAUAGUGCUCCUGCAUGCAAUUCUCAAUUCUCAUUUAUCGGUGGAUCUGAUAUUACAAAACAGAUAUCUGAUUAUGGAAAUAUGCUAAAAUAUUGGGGAAAAUAUUUGUAAAACCGAUUAUCGGUUGAUCUCUACCCUCAACCCUGGCCCACUGGGUGAGAAGGGAUCAUCACUGUGACCUUUGAACAAGCUGGACACCCAAACAUUUUUGUCUUUUUUUUUAUGUAAGCACAAUAAUAUUGCUUCUAUUAGAAAUUAUUUGGCAUAACAAAAAUGAACACUAUGUGAUUCCUGUUGGUGCACAAGAUUAAAAAAACAGCUAACCAAUAUUUCUCCUAUGUUAUUCUUAUUUCUCUUUUCUCUUAUUUCCCUAAACCAUUGUGACAAAGUAUUUUUUUUCACGAGAACAUUGGUUUUAAGGAUCAUACACGCUUCAGCAGGGGUCUCGCCAGGUGAAAGCUCGUGUAAUGCAUAUUAGAAAGUGCAUCUUUCUGGGGCAUCUAGUCUUGCACUUGACAGCACAGCACAGCACAGUGACUCAUCUAAAUCUGUAGUUAUCCAUACGCUACUCAAGCCAUUGUUCUCUGAAGGCUGUGUCUACUUGUGUACAGUAUAGUCUGGAGGACGAGUGACAGGAAGUUUUGAGCAACACUAUUGCUUCAAUGUAGGCUUAUCUGAGAUUCUUUUCGCUCUUGCCUUUAUUAGGCCUUCACCAACUAACCUAAACAGAAGCCAUUACUAUUUAUUUAUUUGGCUGAUGCUUUUGACCUACCACCAAAGCCAAGUUGGCAAUGUUACUGUAACAUUUCUUUUAACAAACCACAAGAUGAUGUCAGGCCACAUCAUUGUUUUCUUAUAGUAAUUAUUUCUUUAUAUAUUUAUUUUCAUUAUAUUAUAUGUUUUAAUGCAUUUCUUAUUAUGCAUGAUGUGCAGCACUUUGGUCAACACUCGUGUUAUUUAAAAUAUGCUGUAUAAAUAAAUUUGACUGACUUUUGAAAAUUCCCUCCAGAAUGUAGCAAUUGGCUUCCAGACAGGACAACUUUAGUUUAUAUAAUGUUACUCUGAAAUGUGGGUUAUAAAAUAAAAAUAUAUAUAUUUAAAAAAUAUUUAAUCUUUGGUCAUUGUUGCCUCUUUCUGAUCCAGGCACGAGUGCUGUCCUGUUGCAAGUCUUCUAUUGGUGUUCUCUUUCCUACACCUCUUAUAUAUCUUAUAUCUCCACAAGAACAUCAAGAGAUGAAUUCAGAAGAAAUUAAAUGUGAGAAUCCGGAACCCAAAGAGAGCUUCAGUACUCAGCAAAGCUCAUCUGAUGCUUUCCACACUAACACCUCUCAGUCCAAAAAGAAAAUUCACAAUUGCUCACAGUGUGGGAAGAGUUUCAGUCAAAAGAGUUAUCUCACAACCCACCAGCGGAUUCACACGGGAGAGAGGCCGUAUCAGUGUUCACACUGUGGGAAGUGUUUCAACCUGAGUAGUAUUCUCCGAAAACACCUGCGGGUUCACACAGGUGAGAAGCCGUAUCAGUGCUCACAGUGUGGGAAGAGCUUCAGCCUGAGGAACACUCUCAAAAGACACCAGCGCAUUCACACAGGAGAGAAGCCGUAUCACUGCUCGCAGUGUGGAAAGAGUUUUACCGAGAGAGGUAGUCUCAGACAACACCAGCGAAUUCACACAGGAGAGAAGCCGUAUCACUGCUCGGACUGUGGGAAAAACUUUUCUGUCCAGAGUAGUCUCCAGCAUCACCAGCGCAUUCACACUAAAGAUAAACCAUACCGCUGUUUAGAGUGUGGGAAGAGAUUUAGAAAAGGAGCUCAUCUCCAAGCACACCAACAUGUUCACACCGGAGAGAAGCCUUAUUAUUGUUCAGUAUGUUGGAAGGGUUUUAGUAGGCACGGUUGUUUCCUGCGACAUCAGCUCAUUCACACAGGAGAGAAGCCGUAUCAGUGCCCCCAGUGUGGGAGGAGUUUUAGGAGGCGUUGUCAUUUACAGCGACACCAGCACAUUCACACUGAAGAUAAACCAUAUCACUGUUUGGAGUGUGGGAGGAGUUUUAGAGAAGAACCCGAUCUCCAAGCACAUCAACAUGCUCACACAAGAGAGAAGCCGUAUCAGUGCUCAGAGUGUGGGAAAAGGUUCAGGAACCGCGGUCAUUUUCAGCGACACCAGCGCGUUCACACAGCCGAGAAAGUUCACCAGUGCUCGCACUGUGGGAAGUAUUUCAAUCAGAAGAGUACUCUCAAAAAACACCAGUGUAUUCAUUCGGGAGAGAAGCCAUAUCACUGCCCAAACUGCGGGAAAAGUUUCAGUCAGAAGAGUACUCUCAAAGAACACCAGCGCAUCCACACGGGAGAGAAGCCGUAUAGAUGCCUACAGUGCGGGAAGAGUUUCAGUCAAAACGGGAACCUCAAAAAACACCAGCGGAUUCACACCGGAGAGAAGCCGUAUCAGUGCUCACAGUGCGGGAAGAACUUCACAGGCCAGAGCGAUCUCCAGCGACACCUGCGCAUUCACACGGGAGAGAAGCUGUAUCCGUGUUUACAAUGUGAGAAGAGUUUUAUUGAGCGUAGUAAUCUUAUAAAGCACCAGAGAAUUCACACUGGAGAGAAACCGUAUCAGUGCUCACACUGUGGAAAGAGUUUUACACAGAACUGUAACCUCCAAAAACACCUGCGCAUUCACACAGGAGAUAAACCGUAUCAGUGCUUAGACUGCGGGAAGAGUUUUACUCAAAGGACUGAUCUCCAAAUACACCAACGCGUUCACACGGGAGAUAAACCGUAUUACUGCUCACUGUGCGGGAAGAACUUCACAAGCCAGAGUCAUCUCCUGCGACACCAGCGCAUUCACACGGGAGAGAAGCCGUAUCAGUGCUCGCAGUGUGAGAAGAGCUUUAUCGAGAGAGGUAUUCUCAUACAACACCUGCGAAUUCACACGGGAGAGAAGCCGUAUGGAUGCUCACACUGUGGGAUGAGUUUUGCACAGAGGAGUAAUCUCCGAAAACACCUCCACGUUCACACUGGAGAUAAACCGUAUCAGUGCUUGGAGUGUGGGAAGGGUUUUAUACAGGGAGCUGAUCUGCAAGAGCACCAACACGUCCACACCGGGGAGAAGCCGUAUUACUGCUCAGUGUGCGGGAAGAGCUUUACUAGGCAUAGUAGUUUCCAACGACACCAACACAUCCACACUGGAGCGAAACCGAAUCAGUGCUUAGAUUAUGGUAAGAGUUUUCUUGAGAACAGUAAGCUCAUAAAACACCAGAGAACUCAUACAGUGGAGAGUUUUAGUGGACGUAGUAAUUUGCAGCAACAUAAACACGUUCACACGGCUGAGACUGGGGACGUUCCACAGUUCUUUUUAGAACAACGUGUGGGAAUUGAUUACUGUGUGGAGAUCCUCUCAGCAGGGACGACCGUUAAUCACGCGCUGGUCACAAACCUCAGUUUAUAUGCCCUCUGCCAGGCUGUAGCGCGAGCUGUGCACGCGAGCAACAAUUUACAUUUUGUGAGGUAUUUGAGUGGUGUCCAGUCUUCUCUUGUUGUCUACUUUCCUACACAUUUUAAAUUUACCUCCACAAGAACAUCACAAGAUCUGACUAAGAUGAAGUCAGGCGAAAUUAAAUGUGAGAAUCCGGAACCCACAGAGAUCUCCAGUAGUCACCAAAGCUCAUCUGAUACUAUCCACACAAACACCCCUCACAGAAAAAAAGAAAAUCACCACUGCUCACAGUGUGGGAAGAGUUUCAGUGAAAGGACUAAUUUCAGACGACACCAGCGCAUUCACACAGGAGAGAAGCCGUAUCAGUGUUCGCACUGUGGGAAGAGAUUUACCGAGAAUGGUCAGCUUAGACAACAUCAGCGCAUUCACACGGGAGAGAAGCCGUAUCCCUGCCUGGACUGUGGGAAGAGUUUUAGGCAAAAGAGUAGUCUCACAAAACAUCAGCGCAUCCACACAGGAGAGAAGCCGUAUAGCUGCUCAGACUGUGGGAAGAGAUUUACACAAACUAGUAGCCUCCGCCAACACCGGUGCAAACCGUAUAAACCGUAUUACUGCAUAGAAUGUGGAAAGGGUUUUAAACAUGACCUUAGUCUCCAGUUACAUCAACGUAUUCACAAAGGGAACACAUCGUAUGACUGCUCACAGUGUGGCAAGAAUUUUACGAGCCUGAGUACUCUUCAGCGACACCAUCGCAUUCACAUGGGAGACAAGCCGUUUAAGUGUUCACAGUGUGGUAAAGGUUUUAUAGAGCACUGUAAGCUCAUAAACCACCAACGAAUUCACACAGGAGAGAAGCCAUACAGCUGUUCACAUUGUGGGAUGAGUUUUACAGAAAGGAGGUCUCUCCAACAACACCAGCGCAUUCACACUGGAGAGAAGCCGUAUCACUGCUUAGAGUGUGGGAAACACUUUAAUAGAAUGACUGCUCUCCGAGUACACCAGCAAACCCACACAGGUCAGAAGCCCUAUCACUGUUCUCAGUGUGGGAAGAGUUUUACUACACAUAGAAGUUUCCGGCAACAUCUGCAUAUUCACACGGGAGAGAAACCUUAUCAGUGCUCAUACUGUCAGAAGAGUUUUACACAAUGGGCUACCCUUUAUAAACAUCAGCGUGUUCACACAGGAGAUAAACCGUAUUGCUGCUUAGAGUGUGGGAAGAGUUUUAAUCGAUUGGACAGGUUCCAUUUACACCAACGCAUUCACAGUGGACAGAAGCCCCAUUACUGCUCAGAGUGUGGGAGGAGUUUUACUAGCAUGAGCCAUCUCCAAAAACACCAGAGUAUUCACACUGAGAAACCAUAUCACUACGCUUAGUGUGAGAAGAGUUUUAGUAACCAGAGAAACUUUCAGCAACGCAAGCUGAUUCACACUGCUGAGAAUAAGGACAUGAUGCAAACUGUAUUAAAUAUACUAUUCCAAAGAAUUUCACAUUCACCAAUGAAGGCGCAGGUGUUUUAGGUUUUUUUAAUCUUAAUCCAUGCCCAUUCUAUGCAUACAAUCAUGCAGAUACAGGUCAAAAGCUUCAGUUAAUGUUCACAUCAAACAUCAGAAUGAAGGAAAAAGAAUGAUAUCUGUGACUUUAACCUGUGAUUUUCACACACAACAGUCUCUAGAGUUGACACAGAAUGGUGAGGAAAACCAAAAAACAUCCUGUAAGUGGAGGGUUUGCUGGCUGAAAUACCUUGUUGAAGAGGAGAGUGACCCGACUGGUCUGAGCUGACAGGAAGUCUUUACUAACUCAAAUAAUCACUCUUUACAACCGUGCUGAGCAGAAAAGCAUCUCAGAACGCACGACACAUCGAACCUUGAGAUUAGAUAGCUGCAUGAAUGUGCAUAAAGUGGAUGGUGAGUGUAUAUUUUGUUACAUACACUUGUAAAUUUUUUUUGGUGUUUUAUGUCUGAAUAGGUGCUUUUACUUGUUGAUUAAUUGUUAUUGUGUAAUUGUAAUAAUUGUUCAAUACUUUUGAGUAGCCAUGGAUUUAAAGAAAUAACAAUAACAUCAAUGAAAUUAAACAACAGAACACUAAUGGGUUUCAUAAAGGGAAAAAUAUAAUGGAUGUCUGCAGUUGUGCCCAAAUUUCUGAUGACCCUAAAUAAUUGUUUUUGAGGAUAAUUUACCUCAAUUAGAAGAGAACCUCAAAGCUAACACCAAUCCGUUAAACCCGACCGACAGUUAAAAUACUGUGUACUUGCAACCACAAUUCCAAAAAAGUUGGGAUGCUGUGUGAAAUGUCAAUAAAAACAAUGCAAUGA